AUGACUUCUCCCGCAAGCCAUAUCCCCGGGCCUGCAAGGUCGACCCCUGGAUCCUCCUGCAGCCGGAGUAUGGCUUCCCAGAUCACAAGCUCAACUACGACCGCCGACUAUGUGGAAGACUCUGAGCCGGAGAGGGAGUCGCGCCGACUUUAUGGUAAAUCUCGUCGUUCCAAAACACGCCCCAAGCAAAGACCACCGUCUCCCCCGGCAGUAGAGGUCAUCGAACUCACCGACAGUGACUCCCCUGGUGUCUCGGUGAACAUUGCAUCCGCCAGCGUGCACCACGUACGGCAGCCGGUCGUCAUAAUUGAUGUGUCUGGUAUGUUCUGUUUCUUCUCGAAGCAGCAGCUGUCCAUUGAAGUGAACGCCACUUCAGAUGCUAGUAAAACACCGCAAGAGGAAGCGCCAUCAGAUGUCCAAGUUGUAGUGCAUCAACAACCUGCACAGUCGAACGAGCUGUACGACGACGUCGACCAAGACUUCACGGAGGACGAUAGCAUGCCCUCACUCAGAGAGAUAUUGGGGUUACGUCGCCCACCUACCGCAGCCUCAGCUCCUUCUGAGCAUCCAUCACCACAGCAAUGUGAGGAGGUCCAGUUGCAGGCGUCUUCCCCCGGUCAACUUGCUCUGUCCCCCACGGACGAACGAAUGGAAUCCGUGGCCGAGAGCGAGGAAGAAGAAAGCACCCAUCGCCUCAAACGGGGUCUCUCGGCAUUUGCAGCCCCGGGCAUCGUUUCUCGUGCUGUCUCUACGGCAGCUUCAUCUGUCGAACGUGUCUCUGAACCUCCGGAAGCUCUACCUAAAAUCGCAAUCAAGCGCUCCGCACCUACUCAUCGUUUCACGGAAGACUUUUCCGAGAAGGAACUUUCGCAAGUGCUCACCUGUGUAUCAUGUGAACUCAAGUGGACGGCCCGAAAGAGUGUGGCACAGAAGAUGAAGCAUAUUCAGACUUGCGCCAAAAAACACGGGCUGACGGACGACACUGUGCGGACACUUCUACGGAAGGAGGUCAGCAGCCAUCCCCCUGCGACUGUUGCGUCAUCUUCGAAGCGCACUUCUCGUGAGCCUGCUCAAGACCCGGCACCCACAACGCUGUUAGAAGAAGCAGUCAAGGACGCCAAGAAGAAGAGGCAAGGAAAGAGAGCUCAAGUAGUGCAGACGAUCGAGAGCGUGACGGACACGCGAGACAAGAUCCUGGACAAAGCCCGUCUCCUUCUGAAGGACACCCAUAAUAUUCCCUCAACGUCGACUCGCAACACGACGUCGACUUGGACCCAUAUGGACAUGGAGCUACCUCCACUGACGCAGAUGUUUAGCAGAAGCACCGUAACGAGUCGCACGUCUGCGCCUGUGCAGCCUGCCGACACAACAUUGCAUUUCGGGCGCAGCAAGUUAGGCGGCGAUGUUGCGCGGGUUUCGACCGGUAUCGUCCACGCGGGUGCCAUGAUUGCUGGCCAGUCUGACGUUACGCCCGCAACGCAAGUCACAAGGGACGACAUGCGUGCAGCCAAAUCAAUUGGAGAAGAGCCAGAUACUGGGCCUCCUGCUACCCAAGUUUCGCCCCAUGCAGAUGACCCACCAGACGACCUCAUCUCGCUCCACGACACGUCCUCCGAGCACGCGCCGCCCUCACCGCCUCUCAGACCUCUCAAGCGAAAAACGUCGCCGGACUACUGCGAGUCCGACGGCGCGCGCCCUGCGCUCCCCGUCUCCGCUCGAUCCGCGUUCGUCGAGGAGCCGGAAGGAGGGGUCUACGACUUCGACGGUUGGGACGACGACGAAUGGGAUCAGGGGUUCGACGACGACUGCGGCGCGCACUUGCGCUACGAUCCUGAGGACGGCACGGCGGGACCGUCGCGAGCGACGUCACUGACUGCGCUUCAAGAGCUUGAGAGGGUAGCACGCAAGGGCAAGGGGAACGCUUUCUCUCCCGAAGCCCUGAAUGCGGCCGCCCCGAAAAAGAAGCCCCGAGGUCGACCCAGGAAAGUAGCGAACAUUGUUGAGGUCGAGGUCGGAGCCGCCGAGUCGAUCGCCACGGACAAGGGAAAGGGAAAGACUAAAGCCUCUCGCAAGGGGAGCUGGACACCCAGAUGA